AAUGGGGUGGACAUCCUGCGUCAGAUUUCAGCAGAGAUUCACACAUGGUGUAAACCUGGAGUGUCAGGGUGUCUCAGUCACAAGUAGAAGGUUCCACAGAAAGCUCUCCCACUCAGAUGCACCUUCUCCUCAAAUUCUCCCAAUUUUAAGAUGCAUUUCUUUAUUUUUUUUUUUAAUUUUUUUAACCUUUAUUUAUUUUUGAGACAGAGAGAGACAGAGCAUGAAUGGGGGAGGGGCAGAGAGAGAGGGAGACACAGAAUCGGAAGCAGGCUCCAGGCUCUGAGCCACCAGCCCAGAGCCCGACGCGGGGCUCGAACUCAUGGACCGCGAGAUCCUGACCUGAGCCGAAGUCGGACGCUUAACCGACUGAGCCACCCAGGCGCCCCUUAAGAUGCAUUUCUAAUAGUGGGUUUCUAGAAUACUGACAGAUGUCAUAGCAGUACAGACACUCAACUCCUACAGUGCUUUUUUCCUACCGUAGAGAGGUGGCCUGCUAGCCAAUGGGCAGAGAACAAAGGAGCACCUGAUACAAGCCAGGCCAGAGGGUAGCAAGGAAGGGUGUUAGCUGAAGAUCUUUGCAGAUGUGAUCUUUAAUCCUUGAGGAUUUGGGGAAAUGGGAAAGGUGCCAAAAGACAGAAGACAGAUGACCAGGCCUUCAAAAGAAAAAGGUGAACCCCCAUCCCUUACAAGCUUCUGAGGCGGCCUGUUGAGCGCAGGGUGCUCAAGUGUCUGGGAGAGAACACGCAGCUCUCGGGGGGACCCCAGCGACAGAUGUGGCCCUCAUUGUACUGAGGCUCUGGUCACGGAGACCCUGUGGGGUUGCCUGGGCCUGCGGUGGGUGUCGAGCCCCUCACCAUCCUGCAGGCGGAAGGCUGUGGCCCUAGAGCAGUCUCACAGCACGUCCUCUGGACUUGUUCCCCAGCAAAUCCCAGACAUUAAACCCCUUAAUGAGAAGCAGGACAGUGCUGGGGAGGGGACCCUGCCAGCACACUCUCUGCCUGCAUGACCUCCCCGGUCCCUUCUCUGAGCCUCAGUGUCCCUGGUCCAUAAAAUGGGGGUUCUAGGGUUUCCGUGAGAGGCUGGGGACUGUGGUCGGCACAGCCCCCCGCACAUGGGAGCCCUAGAGUUAACCGCACAGUGCCUGCUCUACGUUUUGGAGGUGGCACAACUUCUGCCCGGUGAACGGGUGACCUCCCGAGACUCUGCCCUGCAUGGACUCUGCAGGCUGCAUGUCCUCCAAGUAGUCCUGGCCCAGAGCCAAGUACGGCAGCUGGACUGCAGCUCCUCCUCUCUUCCUGUUCUCUCCCUGCCCCUCCCCCUGCCCAGGCAGCACAGAAAGCUGAUUGUAAGCAAAUUCCUGGCCUAGUACUGGGCAGAAAUGGCUGCAAGUGGCCGAGGACUCAGCCGGGUCAUAGGUGCCUCUUCUUGCCCUGCUUGGAGAGGAGCUCAUUGGGAAGCCAGAGGACGCCUAAAGCCUGAGUACGAUGCCGUGGUGAUAGGAGCAGGACACAAUGGGCUGGUGGCUGCGGCGUACCUGCAGAGACUGGGGGUGAACACGGCAGUCUUUGAGAGACGCCCAGUGAUUGGAGGUGCAGCUGUCACUGAGGAGAUCAUCCCAGGGUUUAAGUUCUCCCGAGCAUCCUACCUCCUCAGCCUGCUGAGGCCACAGAUUUACAUCGACCUGGAGCUGAAGAAACACGGGCUGAGGCUUCAUCUUCGGAACCCCUACUCCUUCACCCCAAUGCUGGAAGAGGGCACAGGGAACAAGGUCCCCAGGUCCCUUCUUCUGGGCACAGACAUGGCGGAAAACCAGAAGCAGAUUGCCCAGUUCUCGCGGAGAGAUGCGCAGGCCUUCCCCAAAUAUGAGGCAUUCAUGAAUCGGUUGGCAUUAGCCAUAGACCCUCUGCUGGAUGCAGCGCCGGUGGACGCGGAGGCCUUCCAGAGGGGUUCCCUGCUGCAAAGGCUCAAGUCGCUCUCCACCCUCAAACCCCUGCUGCAGGCAGGUCGUGUGCUGGGAGCCCAGCUGCCCCAGUAUUACCAGGUCCUCACAGCUCCAAUUACAAAGGUGCUGGAUCAGUGGUUUGAGUCCGAGCCUCUAAAAGCCACUCUGGCAACGGAUGCUGUGAUUGGAGCCAUGACAAGUCCCCACACUCCGGGGAGUGGGUAUGUGCUGCUACAUCACGUGAUGGGGGGCCUGGAGGGGAUGCAAGGGGCCUGGGGCUAUGUCCAGGGUGGCAUGGGUGCCCUCUCUGAUGCCAUCACCAGCUCAGCCACUGCACAUGGAGCAAGUGUCUUCACUGAAAAGGCAGUGGCCAAAGUGCAGGUGAGCAGCGAAGGGCGCGUCCAAGGAGCGGUGCUGCAAGACGGCUCGGAGGUGAGGAGUAAGGUGGUGCUGUCCAACGCAUCUCCACAGGUCACCUUCCUGAAGCUGACACCACAGGAAUGGCUUCCUGAGGAGUUCGUGGACAGGAUCUCCCGACUAGACACCCAGUCACCUGUUACCAAGAUCAAUGUGGCUGUCGACAGGCUGCCUGACUUCCUGGCGGCCCCCAAUGCUCCCGGGGGCCAGCCACUCCCCCAUCACCAGUGCUCCAUCCACCUGAACUGUGAAGACACCCUCCUUCUCCACCGGGCCUUUGAAGAUGCCAUGGAUGGCCUGCCUUCCCACAGGCCUAUGAUUGAGCUCUGCAUCCCUUCCUCGCUGGACCCUACCCUGGCUCCCCCCGGCUGCCAUGUUGUCUCGCUCUUCACACAGUACACUCCCUACACGCUGGCUGGAGGCAAGGUGUGGGAUGAGCAGGAGAGAAACGCUUAUGCAGACAAAGGAUUAACAAUGCCAGGUCCUGCCCCCAAAGGGAGAGAAGAACCCAAGGGAACCCAAGUCAACACAAGGAGUGCCUGCUGGGGUCCGGCACUGGGCUAAGAAAGCCUGAAAGACACGAUUCCUGUCCUUAACGUUACUCACAGUCCAGUCAGGAUUUGGGGGGAUGAAUAGAGAAACCAGUCUUACAAUACAACUUACUCUGUGAGUCAAAGAAGGAAGGUAUGUGCCAGAGAGAUAAGGAAGAGACAUUUGAGCUGGGUUUUAAAGGAAGAAUGGGAGUUGGCCAGGCAGCAAUGGGCAUUCCAAGUGAAGAAACAGCUUGAGCAGAGCAAGGAGGUGAAGAAAGCUUUGCAUAUACACGGGAGACAAGUAACUUUGUGUUUAGGGCUGGGAUAAGCAGGUGGGAAAGUGGGGUGGACCCAGAGGCCUUUGUAAUGAAUUAUUUACUUGCCCAUGGACUGUUUAUGUAUUUUUUGCUUAUUGAGAUAUAAUUUGCAUAUGAUAAAAAUAGACCCAUUUUAAGUGUGUAGUUUAAUGAAUUUUCAUACAUUUGCCAAGUUGUACAAUCAUGGCGUCUCCUCUUCUUCCUGCUCACACCAUCUCGUUUCUCUGCU